UCCAAUGAGCUCCCCUCCUCCCUCUGCGCUGCAGCCGCUGCAAAACACACAGACACACAGCCGGAGAGACAGAGAUGAGAAAGAAACAAGAGAUACAGACAAGAGAAAGAUGCGAGAAACAAAACCACAGAUGAUUCUGACUCUAUUGUUAACAAUGGACGAUUAGCCUGAGAGAUAGACAGAUAUCUGGAGGAGGGGUGCAAAAAAGAGAGAGAGAUAGAGAGAGACAGUCAGAGAGCGGCAUGGCCCUCUUAUACGUCUCUGCGGUGAACAUGCACAUCCUGGACUGAAGAACAUGCUGGAUAAGAGUGAAGUGUCCACACUAAGUCUGCCACCAUCCGUGAGCCAUGGUGGUUCAGACGGGAACAUCAGUGUGGAGGCGGGUUCGGACGGGGCGUGUGGCGAGGUCCAGAGAACACGAGUGGCGCUGGAACACCUGCAGCAGAAGAUCCUGAAGAUCACAGAGCAGAUCCGUGUGGAACAGGAAGCCCGUGAUGAUAAUGUGGCUGAGUAUCUCAAACUGGCCCACAAUGCCGACAAACAACAGGCGUCACGCAUCAAACAGGUGUUUGAGAAGAAGAACCAGAAGUCUGCGCAGACGAUUGCACACCUGCACAAGAAACUCGAGCACUACCACAAGAAACUUAAAGAGAUUGAGCAGAACGGUCCUGCUCGCCAACCGAAAGAUGUGUUGAGGGACAUGCAGCAGGGGCUGAAAGAUGUUGGUGCUAAUGUUCGGGCAGGAAUCAGUGGUUUCGGAGGGGGCGUUGUGGAAGGGGUAAAGGGUGGAGUCUCGGCGCUCACGCACACGGCCGUUGUCUCCAAACCGCGAGAGUUUGCCAGUCUCAUUCGCAAUAAGUUCGGCAGCGCCGACAACAUAGCGCACAUGAAGGACGCUCUGGAGGAUGGGCACACAGAGGAGACGCCCAGAGCUCUGAGCGGGAGUGCCACCCUUGUCUCCAGCCCUAAAUACGGCAGUGACGAUGAAUGCUCCAGCGCCACCUCUGGGUCUGCAGUUGGCAGCAACUCUGGUGGGGCGGGAGGGGCUAUGUCCGGGAUGGGGGCGACCAUGGGCAGCCCUCGACUGGAUGGACACCAUCACCACCAUCAUCACCACCACUCGUCUUCUUCCUCUUGGGACAUGCUACUGGAAGGCCUGCAGGAGAUCAAAGCCAGUCAGGUGCAUAUGGAGGACGCAAUCGAAGACAUGAAGGUGCAGCUGCAGAGUGACUACACCUACAUGACCCAGUGCUUGCAGGAAGAGCGAUACAGGUACGAGCGUCUAGAAGAGCAGUUGAAUGACCUGACAGAACUUCAUCAGAAUGAGAUGAGCAACCUGAAGCAAGAGCUCGCCAGCAUGGAGGAGAAGGUGGCGUAUCAGUCAUACGAGAGAGCACGAGACAUCCAGGAGGCGGUAGAGUCCUGUCUGACACGCAUCACCAAACUCGAGUUGCAACAGCAGCAGCAGCAGGUGGUACAGUUGGAGGGCGUCGAGAACGCAAACGCCCGAGCACUGCUAGGAAAACUCAUCAACGUGAUUCUCGCCCUGAUGGCCGUGCUGCUGGUGUUCGUCUCCACCAUGGCCAACUUCAUCACGCCCCUCAUGAAGACUCGCACUCGUGUUGGCGCCACCCUUGCCCUGGCGCUCUUCCUUGUCACACUAUGGAAACACUGGGAUUGGCUGGAGCUCUUUCUACUACCCAGCUGAGAGAAGCAAUUAGAAUAAACGCUCAGAACUUAAUACUAACGGUGACGCAUCCCGUCCCAUCGUAAUCUCAUCUCAUCAGAAGUUGGUGAGAGAUUUAUGGUAUAAAACUAUAUAAACAUCCAUCUAUUUAUUUACUUCAGUGAUUUGGGUGGGCAGGACAAGCAACUUUAUAGCCCUGUUUCGACAGGGAGAUACCAAGUCAGAAGACGGCACUGUUUCAAUAACAGGCUUGGAUGAACAACUUAUCAGUUCAUGUCUGUUCUUUCCAAAAAAGGAUUUAUCAUUUUAUUUAGACCUUUGUCUCUUGCCUCUGUCUCUUUGCUUUAGGGAUAGUUAACCUAAAAAUCAAAAUUCUGUUCAUUUACUUACCCUCAUUUCAACCCUUAAACAAAUGAAUGUUAAAACGGUUUCUGACACAAGAAAUACGUUUUUUUCUGUUGAUGCAUGGCUUUACUCUGACUUACGCAAUCCCAUCUUAGACCAGUCAUCAUCGUUAAAGUCCGCAUGUAACGAAAGUUGCGACCGACAUUACUUCAGUAUCGUGAAAAAUUGUGGGCAGGGCUUGAUUUUCUCCAUUGGGAAUUGAUUGGAUCUAGAAAUGGAAGUUUACAGCCAGUUGUGGAGGACUUCUCAAUGCCUGACACACCGCCAUCAAUCGCGUUCGAUGGGGAAGAAGUUUGUUCGCAGCAGGUGGAGGAGGACGAGCAGCAGGAGCAAACAGAGGAUCAUUUUAUCGCAGGAAUCAGGCCUUAUAGGUUUGAGCCAUUACCUGCUGAGAGUACUAACGGUGACCUGGACGUGGAGGCUCAGGAGCAAGUUCACCCUCGAGAGCAUCUCGAUGUCUCCAAUGGUAAUGCUAAUUUGAGUUUUUGGGGGGAUUUUCUCCCCUUUUCUCCCCAAUCUGGAACGCCCAAUUCCCAAUGUGCUCUAGGUCCUCGUGGUGGUGUAGUGACUCGCCUCAAUCCGGGUGGCGGAGGACGAAUCUCAGUUGCCUCAGCGUCUGAGACCGUCAAUCCGCGCAUCUUAUCACGUGACUUGUUGAGCGUGUUACCGUGGAGUCGUAGUGCAUGUGGAGGCUUCACGCUAUUCUCCGCGGCAUCCACGCACAACUCACCACACGCCCCACCGAGAGCGAGAACCACAUUAUAGUGACCACGAGGUUACCCCAUGUGACUCUACCCACCCUAGCAACCGGGCUAAUUUGGUUGCUAAGGAGACCUGACUGGAGACACUCAGCACACCCAGGAUGGAUUCAAACUCACGACUCCAGCGGUGAAAGUCAGUGUCAAUACUCGCUGACAUACCCAGAACCCUGUGAUGCUAAUUUUACAAUUAGUAAAAUUGUCAGAGAGCCACAACCUAAAACGCACCUCCUCGCCAUCUCUGAUUGUUAUGCUUAUUUUUUACUCGCUGUCGAAGCUCAAUGCAGACUGCCGGUUGGAGGGGAUGGGUUAAAAUAUGUUCUGCCCAAUAUGUCACAAUAAACGCCAUCAGAGAAGGAACGUAUUCCAGAGGCGAAGCCAAUUUUCAGAUUUUAGAUUUAAGAUUACGAAGACUAACUAUUUAUUUUCUGUGUAUUAACAUGCACGGAUCAAUUGUUCACCACAAGACUAGUAAUGUGCGCUAACAAAGUAAAUACGGUCAAUUCUUGAUUACAUGCAGACUUUAAUGGAGGACAUUUUACAUAUGCUGAUUCUUGUACGAUUUGUCUCUGUGAAAUUCAAUGUCUGUUAUAUUUUAUCUCCUGAAAUAUCACAUUAGGGAGGAUGAAACAUGGUCAUUGCCAUUUUGCUAUAUGUGUUGUUAAGUGAUAGUUGGCAUAGAUUGAAAUGGCAGACUAACGUAUAGUCAAUAAUCAAUAACCUCAUUUGUCACCAGAACAUUUUUGCAAACAGCUAUAGUGUAACACGCUCAAUCCCAAUGGCAUGAUCACAUUUCUCAUGUUUCUACCCGUUUGCUAAAAAUCACAACACCAUUCUUAAUAAAGACAUUUGCAAA